AUGAUAUAUUAUGUUAUAACCAACAGAGAUAUAAAUCCAUCGAAAAUAAUCGACGUAAGGUGCCUUAACUCAGCAGAUGUAGGUAGCGACCAUAGCCUAGUAUUAUGUAAAACAAGAAUCAUCCGGAAAUACUUCCCACCCAAGAGAGCGGCGCCAACACAAACAAAAAUCAAAGUCGAAGGACUAAAUAAGGAAUCCACGGAAUACUUAUACAGAAAAAGAAUAUCAAAGAAGAUCGCUGGGAAUGAAAUAUUAGAAAACGAUAACAUAUGGAAUCACUUGGAAAGAGUGGAAUGGACUUGGAAUCACUUGUGCUAGUAACCUGAAGAAAUGGGG